AUGUUUCCUUUAAUCAUUUUCAUGUUCUUGACUCCCUUCCAGUUCCAAUCUGAAAUUUUAGUAUAUGGAUGUGUUGACAAGUCUAUAUUCAUACUUGCCGGCCAGAGCAACAUGGCUGGUCGAGGUGGUGUGGUGCAUGGGACAUGGGAUGGUUAUGUCCCUCCUGAAUGCCGUCCUGAGCCAAGGAUUCUACGACUUAACCCUAAAUUGAUGUGGGAGGAGGCACACGAACCUCUUCAUGGAGACAUCGACACACGAAAACCUUGUGGGGUGGGACCGGGAAUGUCAUUCGCUAAUGAAGUGCUCGAAAGAGAUCCUUGCGCCGGGGUGAUCGGUUUGGUCCCUUGUGCUAUUGGUAAUACCAGUAUAACGGAGUGGAAACAGGGAUCCUAUCUUUAUAAUCAACUCUUGAAGAGGGCUAAUGCGGCACUCAAAGAUGGAGGUAAAAUUCAGGCUAUGCUAUGGUAUCAAGGUGAAAGUGAUUCUGUCGAUGAAAUCAGUGCUAGAAUGUAUAAGAUGAGGUUGAUACAAUUUUUCCUUGACGUCCGGGGAGAUUUAGCUUUCCCCGGACUCCCAAUUAUUCAGGUGGCAUUGGCUUCAGUAGCGGGAGACUAUUUUGAGGUUGUAAGAAAGGCCCAACUAGAGAUCAAACUUCCAAAUGUAGUAUGCGUCGAUGCUAAGGGACUGGAGGUGAGGAAAAAUGAUACAGUGCACCUUACCACUUCAGCCCAAGUCCAACUAGGAAAGAUGUUGGCUAAUGCCUUUCUUCAGAUUGGAAUUUAG